GAGCUCAUAGUGGUGGGAAUAAAACAGGCGCGAAACUGUUACACUGCGUUAUAAUCUGUGUGUGUACACAAAUAAAUAAUCAAAGUUAAAAACCUUACUCUCAUUUCAAUGAAAAUCUACAAUAUUGCCGUUGACUAAAAUUUAUUAACUAAGAGUCUGACAUCUAAGGUAUCCUUUUGUACUCUAAAAAAUGGACUUUACACCAUCUUGUAAAAGGAGACGUACUGUCAAGCAUGAAAAAAACAUUCUUCUAGAAUUGUACCCUCAUGAUUUACAAAUGUACAAGGUACCACCAAAAGGUGAAAUAAAACUGGUUGAGUUUCAAGAUUUAACAUUGGAAAGACAAAAAGUCCUACAGUUAUUAGAAAUAGCAUUGGCUCAGCAACACAAGUCCUUGGAUGAACUGAAGCAAGCAUUUAGAAAUUCUUUAAAAAAAGAAGGAUUUCACCAUUAUGCUAGACUUAUCACAGCUGAAGGGUGUAGUUCUCAUAACGAUAUAGAUUUAGAGGCCAGAAGAAAAGAUCACAUAUCACAUUUUGUGAUGAGAUUAGCAUAUUGUUUGAAAGCUGAACUACAACAAAAAAUGCUUAGUCUGGAAACAGAAUUGUUCAAAUUGAGGUUUUCAUCUUUGGAUAAAGAAGGUCUUACACAGUUUUUGGCUACAAGUGGAUUACACUAUACUCCAGUAUCUAAAGAAUUCAAAGAUGAAAACAGAGAUAAGUUGAUCACUUCGACAACUAAAGAUGGAGAUUUUGAUAGCAUUAAUUUUUAUGAAAUGUCAUUCCACGAAGUGAAUGAAUUGAUUUGUGAUAGAAGGGUUUUUGUUAAAAAAGGAAUAGCAUAUGUUCCUCAAAAAGAUCUCAUUAGUGUAUUUGUUCAACAUUUCAAGAAUAAUCUGGCGACUGAACUCAAUAUAGCCAAAAAAUCUCUUAUGGUAAAUUUAGAAGAUGAUGAUCGAUUGCAAACAUUUUUGAAAGCAUUACCUGAAUGUUAUGCUGGCAUGUCUAAAGUUGUAUGGCAAUCAGAAAAUACACCAAUUUCGAAAUUGGAUGAUUUAUCAAAAACAUCAUAUCCUCUCUGUAUGAGAGUAAUGCAUGAACAUUUGAAAAGCACUCAUCAUUUGAGAAAUACUGGGCGAUUGCAGUAUCAAUUAUUUCUCAAAGGCAUUGGGGUAUCUCUUGAAGAUAAUAUUGAGUUUUGGAGAACUGAAUUAUGUAAAAAUCCACAAUUAACCGAUGAUAAAUUCAGUAAAGAGUACCUGUAUCAGAUAAGAUAUAAUUAUGGUAAACUGGGUAGAAGAGUAGACUACAGACCUCAUGGAUGCAAUAAAUUGAUACUUGAUCCAGUUGGAGCAGGUGAAGUUCAUGGCUGUCCUUAUAAACACUGGGACGUAGAUUCCUUGACAAAAAAAUUAGCAGAUUGCAAAAUUGCACCAUCAGACAUUGGAGAAAUUACAAGGCUCUCAAAGGAAGGCCAUUACAUACUUGCAUGCACAAAAUUCUUUGAGUCAUCGCAUAAACAAAUGCCAGGAAAUAUGUUCAUGCAUCCAAAUGCUUACUAUGCAGAAAGUCGUAAAAUAUUGAAUAAAGAUGAAUUUAAAGGUGAUGAAACUGAAGCUUCAAUGUUAACAGAGGACAUGCUUGUGCCUAUUUCCCCAGAAAAAUUACCACCUCAACCCAUGAAAAAAAAUCAAAAUAUUCCAGAAACAAAUAAAUCGGUGACACCAAGAACUGCAGAAAAAAAGUUUAGAUCUAUUGAUAGAAAGAAUAAAAUGGACCCUUUAAAUAUCGAGGCUUUGCUCAAUGACGAUAGUGAUUGAUUGUUAAAAAAUAUAAGAAUUAUCCGUAGAUCGGAUGAUAGAAUAGAUGGGUAAAUUUUGUAAAAAAAAAAACUAGCGUUCAAAAGAGCUUUAUUUUUACUGUGCAUCAUUAAAUGUAAAAUUUACAAUUUAUUUUAUUAUAAGAUAUAGCUAAACAUAACUGCUGAUUUCCGAUAAGCGUUGAUACUUGGGAAUAAAGUUUUCACUGACGUCUUGAA